CUGCUAGGCAACCGGCUCCUGAACAUUCCACUCCGCUGAGCAGAGACCGUUAGGAUUUAAAAAUGCCAAAGUUCCGAGCGGCGUCAGGCGCUUCGUUUAAUUAACACACCGUUGUUGAUAUUUUAAUUUUGAAGGUAACCAGAUUUUAAAUACUCAAAUACUAAUAAUAUUUCAGUUCCAGACCGUUUUCCAACAAAUAAAAGAAGGUACGAUAUUAAGUUUCUACAGUCGCAGCAGAGAGACACCCAGCAUUGAAAAGAAGACCCUGACACUGAGAAGCUGUGUGGGACUCACACCUUUUAAAAGUUGCUGGUGUGGGAUGAUCAGUAGAGAAGAUGGAAAAGAAAAAUGCAGACCAGGAAACUGUUACAGGUGCAUCAGGAAUCCUCAGUGUUUCUCAGAGUUUUGGAAGUUUCGGCCGUUACUAUAAGGGUAUAAUCCCUGCACGUGAUGCCAAGUCCAUGAGUUGGAAUAAACCUAAAUUCAGCAACCCUAAGAUUCCUGGUUUGCUGAGGAGAGUUUUCAAGGGGGGGUCUGAUAGAAAGUCCAGACAUCAAGAGGUUGGUGAAUGGAGCCUCGAAGAGUGUCGACACUCCAUCAUGGAGCUGGCAAAGGAGCUGAACAGAGUCGUGAAGAACUCUGCCAUUCCUACCCAUGUGUCCAGUGAGGAUACAUGCAGCCUGGAAGAGUGUUGCUGCUUCAUCAUGAAAUGGGCUGACGAGUUGGACAAGCUGGUCCAGCAAAGCCAGAGUGCUGGACAGGUUGAGACAAGAAAAGGAGCACAGCUGAGAAACAAAGAGGAUCUUCCAGGACCAGAGGGGGAGGAGCUGAGUGAGGGGGCGGGGCAGAACAAGGGGGAGGAGCUGAACCAAGAGGAGGAGCAAAGACUGAAGGACGGUCACGACAUCAUCAUGCAGUGGGCAAGAGAGCUGAAGACAGUGCCAGAGAACUCUGUCUCAGCGGGGGAGGCUGUGGAGCAGGGUCUCGCAGAGCUGGUGAAGGAGUGGAAACGAGGCAAGCUGAGUAACAUCUUACCCAUCAUGGAGUUCAUCAUGUGGGCCCUGAUCAAGGAGGAGGCAGACAAGGGAAUGCUGAAAUCUCAGAAUAUUGUAUGGCAGUGGAUUUGCAAGGCAUCAGUUGAUGUGACUCUGGACCCUGAUACAGCAAACCCCUAUCUCAUCCUGUCUGCGGAGGGGAAACGAGUGAGACUGGGAGAGACACGGCAGGAUCUCUCUGACAAUCCAGAGAGAUUUGAUGGCUGGCCCUGUGUGCUGGGCAGGGAGGGGUACACCUCGGGGAGACGCUACUGGCAGGUGCAGGUGGUGGGGAAUACAUGGUGGGUAUUAGGAGUCAGCAGAGAGUCUGCCCCGAGGAAGGGGGGGUUCAGCAUGACCCCCAAGCAGGGUUACUGGACUGUGUGGAGGUGGAGUGGAGAUGGGUUCACUGCUCUCACUGACCCCCAGACCCCCCUCCCCCGGAGCCUGAAGCCCCAGAAGCUGGGGGUGUAUCUGGAUUAUGAGGAAGGGCAGCUCUCCUUUUACAAUGUGGAGACCAGAUCUCACAUCUACACUUUCACUGACAUGGAGUUCAAUCCCAAUGAGAAACUCUAUCCAUUCUUCAGUACUGUGGACAGGAAUACAGACCUUGUGCUGGAGUCCCCUGACCCUGACCCUGUCAGCGCUGCAGAUUAAACACACAUUGCUGUCUGAACCAGGAAACUAUUCAAACAGCUCAGACAAUCUCCUCUUCACUUUCACUGACACUCUCUCUGCACUCUUCUGGGCUGAUGAGAAGAAAUCCUCUCUCUUCCACCCUCUUACCCUGAGCCCCUCCUCUUUAUUUCUCUACACCCCCUUUCCUACUCUCCCUUCCUGUCUCCCUCUCUCUUUCCGCUCCACCUCUCUCCAUCUCCAGAUCCCUCUUUCUCUCCUCUUCUGCUCUCCUCUCUCCCUCUCUUCCCUCUUAUGUAAUAAUCCCCUCCCUCUCUUUUUCUCUCUCUUCCCUCUUAUAAAAUAAUCCCCUCCCUCUCUUUUUCUCUCUCUCUUCCCUCUUAUAAAAUAAUCCCCUCCCUCUCUUUUUCUCUCUCUUCCCUCUUAUAUAAUAAUCCCCUCCCUCUCUUUUUCUCUCUCUUCCCUCUUAUAUAAUAAUCCCCUCCCUCUCUUUUUCUCUCUCUUCCCUCUUAUAUAAUAAUCCCCUCCCUCUCUUUUUCUCUCUCUUCCCUCUUAUAUAAUAAUCCCCUCCCUCUCUUUUUCUCUCUCUUCCCUCUUAUAUAUUAAUCCCCUCCCUCUCUUUUUCUCUCUCUUCCCUCUUAUAUAAUAAUCCCCUCCCUCUCUUUUUCUCUCUCUUCCCUCUUAUAUAAUAAUCCCCUCCCUCUCUUUUUCUCUCUCUUCCCUCUUAUAUAAUAAUCCCCUCCCUCUCUUUUUCUCUCUCUUCCCUCUUAUAUAAUAAUCCCCUCCCUCUCUUUGUGAUCACAGUAGCCUUUGUGCAGCCAAGACUAAUACAAGACUGCCUUCUCUACUCUCCCUCUCUCCUCCAUCCUCUCUACUCUCCCUCUCUCCUCCAUCCUCUCUACUCUCCCUCUCUCCAUCCUGCCCUCUCUACUCUCCCUCUCUCCUCCAUCCUCUCUACUCUCCCUCUCUCCUCCCUGCCUUCUCUACUCUCCCUCUCUCCACCCUGCCUUCUCUACUCUCCCUCUCUCCUCCACCCUCUCUACUCUCCCUCUCUCCACCCUGCCCUCUCUACUCUCCCUCUCUCCUCCAUCCUCUCUACUGUCCCUCUCUCCUCCCUGCCUUCUCUACUCUCCCUCUCUCCACCCUGCCUUCUCUACUCUCCCUCUCUCCUCCACCCUCUCUCCACCCUGCCCUCUCUACUCUCCCUCUCUCCUCCAUCCUCUCUACUCUCCCUCUCUCCUCCCUGCCUUCUCUACUCUCCCUCUCUCCUCCAUCCUCUCUACUCUCCCUCUCUCCACCCUGCCCUCUCUACUCUCCCUCUCUCCAACACCCUCUCUACUCUCCUCUCUCCUCCAUCCUCUCUACUCUCCCUCUCUCCUCCAUCAUCUCUACUCUCCCUCUCUCCUCCAUCCUCUCGUCUCUCCCUCUCUCCUCUCUGCCCUCUCUACUCUCCCUCUCUCCUCCAUCCUCUCUACUCUUCCUCUCUCCACCCUGCCCUCUCUACUCUCCCUCUCUCCACCACCCUCUCUACUCUCCUCUCUCCUCCAUCCUCUCUACUCUCCCUCUCUCCUCCCUGCCUUCUCUACUCUCCCUCUCUCCUCCACCCUCUCUACUCUCCCUCUCUCCUCCAUCCUCUCUACUCUCCCUCUCUCCUCUCUCCUCCAUGCCCCCUCUAAUUUUGUACUGUGAUAUUUUGUAACAGCUGUAAGUCUCCCUGGAUAAGGGUGUCUGAUAAUAAAUAAAUAAUGAUAAAAGACUUUCUAGACAAUAGAUGAAUGCAUUAUUUUCCAUGUAAUCAAUAUUUACACUGAAGCUGAGAUGUUCCCUGAAUAUUAUUCAUUGCUAAACUCAGUGAACUGAUUUCUGCUAUUUUGAUAUGAAUCUUCUGUUCUGUUUUUGUAGCGCAUCUAUUUUCUAUCUUUCUUGAUAAAAUGUAUAAAAGAUAUAA